AUGCAUUCAAACUACCUUCUCGCCGUUGCUUUCUUCUCGGCACACCUCCAUGCCCUUCCUCUUAACAUCAACCUUGGAGCCUAUUCGCCUGCCUUGGUAGUCGGUGAUGGAGAGAUCUCAUUCGGCGGUAAGCAAGAUGUAUCAAAUUUGAUGAACGCUCUCGAAGGUGCCGCUGUUGCAGGAGGAGCCGCCGCCGCCGCUCAACCGGCCGCCGCUCCUGCUCAAGCAGCACCAGCAGCGGCUGCCGUCGUCCAACCCGCCGAUGCCUCGACGAUCCAGUCCGUUCCUCUCGAUCAAUCCGCCCAGGUCACUUCCCUCCAGGGCAUGGGCAAGGAGAUCGCUCCUCGUGUCGUUCAACUCCACCAAGCCGCUGCGAAAAGAGACCUCCAAGGAUUCAACGCCGCGUUGAACUACGCAACAGGUGCCCUAAAAACUAGUCCUGAGGUUCAACUCGGUACUGGUGAGGGUGGAUCAGGCGUUGGUAUUAUCCAGAAGGCUGGUGGAACCCCUUCGGCUACCACACCUCGACCUGCUAGACGCAAUGUGGUGGAUAGAGAUUUGUUCUCGCCCAAGAUGAAGACUACUGUCACGACUAUGUUUGUUCGCGGAGGCUCUUUGCCAGCAUCAGCACGCAGUGAAGACUCCUCCAUUGAGAAGCGCGAGCCAAAUGUAGCAGCCGAGAAGCGAGCGCCAUCGCCAUCAGCCAUCGACGGUGUCAACCUAAACAUGGCUGAAGGUCAAGUGGCAGAAUUGACUUUUGUUGAGACACGGGAAGUGGACGAAGACGAUGAGGAAUGA